GUAAACAAGAAAUCGACUGAGACGCAACGCCUCAUAGCCGGCACAGCCACAGUCCGAUCCGUACGUGGCGAACCGCAUUCCUUAUUUGAAAUUUUAUUUCAUUUUUUUAUUUCUUAUUGACGUUAAUUUAAAAAAGUUUCGGUGUUUACGCGCGAAAAUUCGCGCCAUUUUAAGUGGCAGUGACGUUUUUUUGAGUGUGUGUGAUAACAGUUAUAUUUGUGACUUUUCUUUAAAUCGGAUCAUAUUAAAAUUUGCGUUAAAAUGGCGACGAAGGACUUCAAGACGGAGAGGGUCAAGCAAAUGUUCAGUUGGACAACAGCAGAGACCUCGCCUCCGUCGCCCAUCGGCGACGAGAAGGAGUCCAAGAUGAACCAGAUACAAUUUUCGCCUCCACUCGAGAAACAAAACAGCACAAUGUGGCAAAAGCGACAGCAGGCGGUGUGCGUGCGGCACGCGUUCAAACACUACGGGUCGAACAAGAGACCCAACCAUGUUCUUAGCAACCUCAACAUGUCCGUCGCAAAGGGAACCAUUUAUGGUCUCCUCGGGGCAUCAGGAUGUGGUAAAACUACUCUAUUAUCUUGCAUAGUGGGGAGACGGAAACUCAACGGAGGUGAAAUAUGGGUGCUGGGAGGCAAACCUGGAACCAAAGGUUCCGGUGUACCCGGUAAACGUGUAGGCUACAUGCCUCAAGAGAUUGCUCUGUACGGCGAGUUUACCAUCAAGGAGACCAUGAUGUACUUCGGAUGGAUCUUCGGUAUGGAGACCAAGGAAAUUUUGGACAGACUACGCUUCCUACUGGACUUCUUGGAUUUACCCAGCGAGAACAGAAUGGUUAAAAAUUUGAGUGGCGGCCAACAACGUCGAGUCUCAUUCGCAGUGGCGCUGAUGCACGACCCGGAACUGCUCAUUCUUGACGAACCCACCGUGGGCGUGGACCCGCUCCUCAGACAGUCGAUCUGGACCCACCUCGUCCGAAUCACAAGCUCCGGAGACAAGACUGUCAUUAUCACAACACAUUACAUCGAAGAAGCCAGACAAGCCCAUUGUAUCGGCCUUAUGCGCAGCGGUCGCCUCUUAGCGGAAGAGUCACCUCAGGCUCUACUUACCAUGUACAGCUGCAUCUCAUUAGAAGACGUCUUCUUAAAACUUUCAAGAAGACAAGGUCAAGCUAACCAAGUGGUAGAACUAAACGUAACCGGAGGAGCCCUGGGGCUGAACAAGAUGUCCAAACGAGAAGAAGCACCUUACGCGGCAGAAGAUAACCAAGUAGUUGGAUUGAACUUCCACCAGAGUAAAGAGGUGUUGAUCGUGGACCAUGCUGCUGGCUCUAACGGAGAUCUGCCCGGUAAAAUGACAGAAGCUGUGAAAUCUGAAAUUGAAGACUGCGGUAACUGUUUCAACUUUACAUCAAGAGGAAAGAUCAAAGCGCUGAUCCAGAAGAACUUCUUACGUAUGUGGCGUAACAUCGGAGUUAUGUUGUUCAUCUUCGCUUUACCUGUUAUGCAGGUCAUCCUCUUCUGUCUCGCUAUUGGAAGGGAUCCAAGUGGUCUUCGUCUGGCGGUCGUGAACGACGAUGUGAACGUGAUAGAUGGUAACUGUCCCUACAACGCUUCCUGCUCCAUGAAGAACCUCUCGUGUCGAUACCUCGCCAACCUCAAGAACCAGUCCAUUAUCAAAGAGUAUUACGCCGACUUGAGCUCCGCGAUCCACGCCGUGGAAGUCGGCAAUGCUUGGGGAGCGAUAUACUUUAAUGAGAAUUAUACUGAUUCCUUGGUUGCUAGAUUAGCUUUGGCGGACACAGCAGACAACGAGACGAUAUCGUCAUCCGAGGUUCAAGUGUGGCUGGACAUGUCCAACCAGCAGAUCGGUCUGAUGCUCAACAGGGACAUACAGUUCUCAUACCGGGACUUUGCUAAGGACUUGCUAUCGACUUGUCACUACAACCCCAAGGUGGGCGAUAUCCCCAUUGACUUCAAGGACCCCAUUUACGGAGACAACAAUCCUUCCUUCACUGACUUCGUAGCGCCCGGCGUCAUUCUCACGAUCGUAUUCUUCUUGGCCGUCGCUCUGACAUCAUCAGCGUUGAUCGUCGAAAGGAUGGAGGGUCUGCUCGACAGGUCCUGGGUCGCCGGAGUCUCCCCCGGAGAGAUCCUGUUCUCCCACGUGAUCACCCAGUUCGUGGUGAUGUGCGGUCAGACCGCUCUCGUACUCAUAUUCAUGAUUCUCGUGUUCGGAGUGAAGUGCAACGGAAACAUCGCCUACGUCGUCAUGCUCACGCUACUUCAAGGGCUGUGCGGCAUGUGCUUCGGCUUCGUGAUCUCGGCGGCGUGCGAGCUGGAGCGCAACGCCAUCCAGCUGGCGCUGGGCUCGUUCUACCCCACGCUGCUGCUGAGCGGCGUGAUCUGGCCCAUCGAGGGCAUGCCGUGGCUGCUGCGCGGCGUGGCGCUGUGCCUGCCGCUCACGCUGGCCACGUCCGCGCUGCGCGCCGUGCUCACGCGCGGCUGGCCGCUGGCCGAGCCCGCCGUGUACCUGGGCUUCGUGGCCACGCUGGCCUGGAUCGCGCUCUUCCUCGUCGUCACGCUCACCAUCCUGCGCUUCAAGCGCGGCUAGCCGCUCGAUGAGUUACCAUAGCAUAGGACGGUGCCAUAGACGUGAUGGUGAUUUUCGAUUCAUUCGCUCGAUUGUUCGUGGAGGCCGCCGGGCGCGCCGGGACGUUCGUGGCGGUCUAGUGCAGAUCUACUGUUAUCGCUUCUCAGGCGCCAUCUUCGAUCUGGAUCCGUAUUUUUAGUGGGAAUUUUCUAUUACGAUUGGUUGAUUUAGAACGAUAUAUAUUUGUACAGUAAGCUUAGAGUACUCUAAUUUAAGUCUCGUAUCGUGUAAGGUUGUAUGUGUAAGUUUAUCGUUUUCUGUAACCCGACAGGACAGGUCGUCGUUGGAUUGGAUUAUUGUUGUAUUUUUUAUUUAUUUUUUCUAUUAACAAUGGUGCUUGCAUGAAAAUUUACAAUUGACAGAACAUCUAUUUAUUUUCUCUUUAUAGUUGUAAUAUUUCUUGUACGUAGUAUAAGCGGGCAAUACUGUAAUUCCAUUACAUAGAACUACGUAUAGAAUAGAAGUGUCAGACUGUGAUUAUUUUUGAUAACAUUGACAUUUUUGUAAUGACAAUUAUACAAUAAAACUGUACCAAAUAAUUA